AUGCAAGAAUGGUGUUAUGUUUCCCAUGUGAGACAAAUCAAAAUCAAGAAAAAUAAAACCUACUUAUCAUGGAAUGAGUUCAUUGUCAUCGAUUUUGCUUCUCCAUUUCCCCUGGGGAAGGUCAAAUCAAGUCAAAGAUUUCGUGUCACACCCUCGCGUUCCUUCCACUUGAGUGUAGGAAAUAUAUCAGUCUACUUUGUGAAUGACAUGCAAAAUCUCAAAUUUCGUGUGGAAAGGGUAUUAUCGGUAUUUGAUAAAACAGGGCAUCCAUCAGUUUUCAGUAUGAUAUUUCAAGACAAUGCUGUGACUGGUCCUUGGAUAACAAAAAAAGCCAAGAUUCUUUCUACUUCAGAUGGGACCACUAGUAGGAAUAAAUCAACAGGAAAAGGCCAUGGGUUUGCAUUUGUAACCACAACCAAGGAUUUAGAAGACUUCAGUACUCAAACACGAGAAGAAAUGGUUUUAACCUCUUCAUUUUUCAUUCAUGCUCGUUUAUCUCCAGUCACCAUCAAUUUAAACAGUUCUUUAUAUCAAAACAUACAUAAUCUUUCACACCAAAUCACCGAUUGGUUAUCACACAUAUCCCCUAAUCAAGUUCCCACUACACAAAAACACUCAUUAUCUCAAUCAUCGAUCUUUCUGGAAUGCAAUCUUGUGGAGAUUUCAGUAGCAACUGAGGGAAUGAAAGACUCGAUUCGGAAUGAACUUCCGGGAUCUUGGUGUAAUCUGAAAUUAAAAGUUGGAAACUUUGAGUUGUUAACUGUGUCAAAUACAGGGGGAAUUCGUGGGGCCAGUUUUCUUUGGGUGGGUCAUGGUGAGGGAGAUCUUUUGGGUUCUACUACAGAAGUUUCUGAUAAAAACUUUGUUCUUAUCUCAUGUGAAAACUCCACAAGGGGACGUGGAAAUGGUGAAGGUUCAAACAUACUGUCUUCUAGGCUUCCAGGGUCUGAUAUCAUACACAUGUGGGACCCACAAAGUUUUAUGAGUCAAGUAUCUAUAAACAUCAGAUGUGCCACUAUAGUUGCCAUAGGUGGUCGUUUGGAUUGGUUUGAUGCUAUCAUAUCUUUUUUCAGCCAGAAUUCAACCGAAAGUGACCAAAAGGAAGAUACAAAUUCUGGCUCUUCUUUUGUUCUUAACUUGAUUGAUAUUGGUUUGAGCUAUGAACCAUACUCAAGUAAUCCUACAUCUCAACAAGAUUCUGAACCUCGUGUUUCUGGUUUUCUAGCAUCAUCAAGUUUGAAACUUUCAAAUGUUUCAUCACCUAAUUCAGUCCAAAAGGAAUAUGAAAUCAAAGGUCAUGAUUUAGGCCUACUGUUAUGUGAAGAAUCUGGUGUUAAGAAUCUUGAAAGAUCUUACAGUGAGCAAAAUCUUCGAAGAUUUAGGUAUGUAAAAGUUGCAGAAGAAACACAUAUUGAAGCUGUUUUAAGAACGAACUGUGUAAAUGGACAUGAAUGGGAAAUGGAAUGUCAUGAAUCCCAUAUUGCUCUAGAAACUUGCCAAGAUUCUACAUCAGGACUUGCUCGUCUUGCUGCUCAAAUCCAGCAGAUUUUUGCUCCUGAUGUUGAAGAAUCAAUUGUUCAUUUGCAAACAAGGUGGGAUGAUUUCCAGAUGUCACAAGAGUGUUACAAAACAAGAAGCUCAAGCCACCAUUCUGCUUCAUCAAGUUCUGAGUUUCAUGAAACGUAUACAGUCAACUUGAUGGAUGAAAUAUCUGAAGGAGCAUUUGACUUGAAUGAAAAUCAUGAAUUUGUGCCACCUGUUAAAGUCCCAUUUCGGGUGUUUGGGUUGGAAGAUACUGGACCGGAGUUCAUAGACGAGUACUUCAACAACCAAAAUCCCAGUGGCAAAACGGUAAUUCUAAAGGAAACUGAAGGGCAAGUUGGAAGUGGAUGGUAUGGCGAUUCACUUUUGACAAUUGUUGAGGAUCAUGUUUUUGGUAAUGGAGAAAAAACGAAAUCCAAACAUUUUGUUGAAAGUGGGCCCUCUAAAAAAGUUAAGGGUCAUGUAGUUUUGAAAAAUAUGGAUGUAAGGUGGACACUCUAUGGUGGGUCCCACUGGCAAUAUACAACCAAUUCUUGCAUGAGGAAUAAAGAUAUAGGCUUAGAGUUUAAGCUUUCAAAGAUGGGGUUUCAAUAUGAUAUGUUCCCUGAUGGUGAAAUAACUGUCUCUAAGCUUUCUGUUUCAAUUCAAGAUCUCUGCCUUGAUGAUGUCAGCAAUCGUGCACCAUGGAGACAGAUUCUGGGGUGUUAUCAAUCAAAAGAUCGCCCUCGGGAAUCGCGUUCUAGGGCUUUGAAAUUUGAUUUAGAAUCUGUUAGACCACAUCCUUCAAUUCCUCUUGAAGAAUAUCGGUUGCAAAUUUCAGUGCUUCCUAUUCGAUUACAUCUUCAUCAAAGCCAACUUGAAUUCUUAAUCAAUUUCUUUGGUGGAAAGAACUCGUCUCCUGAUCAUUCACAAGAAACAUUUGAAAUAGAUUUACCAGAGGAGGCAUUACUUCCUUAUUUCCAGAAAUUUAGCAUAACACCUGUUGUUGUUCGUGUUGACUACAUUCCUUCUCGUGUUGACUUACCUGCUGUAGGCCAUGGGAAAUAUGUGGAACUUGUUAAUCUAUUUCAAUGGAAGGGGGUAGAGUUACAACUGAAAAAUGUUCAAGCUGUUGGUGUUUAUGGGUGGAGCAGUGUAUGUGAGACCAUUAUUGGCCAAUGGUUGGAAGACAUUUCCCAGAAUCAGGUUCACAAACUACUGAAAGGUCUUCCUCCAAUUCGAUCACUAGUUGCAAUUGGUUCAAGUGCUGCAAAAUUAGUUUCUUUACCUGUAAAGAACUAUAAAAAAGAUCGCAGAUUAGUCAAGGGCAUGCAAAGAGGAACAAUUGGGUUCUUGAGGAGUGUCUCACUUGAAGCUAUUGGACUAGGGGCACAUUUGGCAGCAGGGGUACAUGCCAUCCUUCUCCAAGCAGAGGAAAUAAUUUCCACCACCCCACCAACUUCCAUCCCAAGGCCUAUACAAACCAGGGUCAACCCAUAUGGACGACCCAGUCAACCCAAAGAUGCUCGCCAAGGGAUACAACAGGCUUUUGAGACCAUGAGUGAUGGUAUAGGAAGAUCCGCCUCUGCUUUAGUCCAGGCUCCCCUGAAAAAGUACCAACGCGGGGCGGGUGUAGGCUCCGCUUUGUCUACCGCGGUUCAGGCCGCUCCCGGAGCCGCCAUAGCUCCGGCUUCUGCCGCCGCACGUGCAGUCCACUCUGCACUUCUUGGUGUCAGAAAUAGCCUUGAUCCGGAGCAUAAAAAAGAUUCCAUGGAUAAAUACUUAGGCACAACUCAAUCUCAGCCUCUUUAGGAAAAGCCAUCAGAAGUGUGAAACUAUAACAAGAAACAAGAAGACAUAUUUAUUAGCAAGAGGCGAAAACAUGUAUUAGUUUUGGUUUUGCUUAUGGGACAAUAGUGGGGUCAUUGUGAUGUUAGUGACUCCCUGCAAAGGCUCUUGUGUGAAUUUACUCGAGUGCCCUUUGACUGCGGUGGAGAUUGUGUCUUGGAAACGGUGGGUACAAGAGUCAUUUAGGUUUGAUGUGUACAUAAUAGGUGGUGGUGGUGGUGAUGAUGGUGAUAUUCAUUUUAAGUGUGUAUUAGCGCUCUUUUGGGUAGCUUUGUAAAGUUGUAAUUCUAAUGGGGUUUUUGUAGGUAUAUUGUAUUCAUAAGUUUGCACAUUUCAUGAAAAAGCUUGAAGUUGUAUAAAAUUCCAC